GGCCGUUUCUUUCAUCAAAAUCACAUAUUUUAAUUGUUCAUUUUCUAAUGAGAUUCAGCUUGUUAAAUAGAUCAAUAAACAAAUCUCAUAAACGCGGGAAACAAAAUAACAAACUCCAUAACCGCCAUAACGGCCCCUUCUCUUUCCCUAUAUAACAAACUCACGUAACCGCUUUCUUCUUCUUCCCUUCUCUCACUUCAAACCUCACAAGUUAGCAACAAUGGCGUCUCUCUCAUUCACCUCCGCCGUCUUUCUCGCUGCACUCAUCCUCAGUCUCCCUCAUCCAUCCGCCGGAGUCCCUCUCGAAGAACUCGAACGAGCCAUCACUGUCCUCCGCGUCAGAGGCAGAGCUCUCUUCGCAAACGCGAUCGUAACCUCCGAUCUCCUCUUCGAUCUCCUCUCCGUCGAGUCGCUCACUCUCUUCGCCCCAACCGAUUCCACGCUUUUCGAUCUCGACAUGACUCACUCCUUUUCCUUCUACGUUUCCACUCUCCGUCUCCACUCCGUACCUGUUCGCCUCCCGUUCUCCGAUCUCAGAUCUCUCCCUAACGCCACCACUCUCCCGACGCUGCUCCCUUCUCACCACCUCCUGCUCUCUAGGCCUUCUUCUUCCAAUGAAUCGGUUUAUCUCGACGGUGUUCACAUUCUCGUCGCUGGUUUGUUCUACGGUCAGCAUCUCGCGGUGCACGGGAUCGACGGUCUUCUUUCACUCACGACGCCUUCGUCUCCUCAGCUUUCCGUUGAUUUGGCUCCAGUGGUUGAUUCGCCGGCGGAGUCUCCGUAUGCUGGGGAUUCGAGAUUCUCGCCUGCACCGCAGCCUUACGAAUCCUUUCUUGGUCGUUCGCCAGCUGAGACGCCGAGGGUUGAAGAAGUUUCGCCGUCGCCGUGGAGAGAAGGUAUGAUCGUAGGCGAUGGAGGUGGUCCGUUGGAUUGGAGGAGUAACCACUUCUGAUGGACACGUGUCGUAAUCUGUGCAAGUGAGGGAUUUAGCUGAAGAGACGAUUUCUUUGUAAACGAGUCCUUUCUUUUUGCUUGAAAAAAUUGUAAAACUUUGAUAGUGUGUAACACAUUACUCGUUCUUUAAUGUCA